AUGUCCGUAUCGCCAUCUUAUGAACCCGACAAUCAAUCUGCUGUUCCAGGAGAGGAUUUCUGUGAUCUUUCAUAUGAUUUCGGAGAACCAGAUCCGUUUGUACUACUAGACGAUUCAGAGAAUACACCAGGGCGCAAGCGAAUGCCCGCGGACGACCCCCUUCUCAUCUGGAUGAAUGAACGCGAUUUAUUUCUGGCGGAACUGCUGCGGCACGAGGGACGCGGAGGUUACACUUCUGAUGACUGCUUAGAUUCACAAUUAUACUGUGGUCUCUGUAUCAUCCAGUAUCACAUACGGUUGCCUACUCAUCGUAUAGAGGAAUGGACUGGUCAAUUUUUUCAGCGCAUUUCAUUGAAAACUAUGGGUCUUCGCGUACAGCUUGGUCAUACAAUUGGCGAACAGUGUAUUCUUCCAAAGAAAGCAUUCAAUGAUGAAUUUGUUCUCAUUGACACAAAUGGCGUACAUGAGAUUGGGCUGGACUUCUGUGGUGGCACGACCUCCCAGACACAUACCAAGCAACUAUUGCGCGCUGGUUGGUAUCCAUCGACUUCUACUGAUCCACGAUCGGCCGCAACAUUUCGUGUUCUUCAUCACUAUCAUGUCCUAUCCUUUGAAUCAAAGACCUCCGCAUACGAGUUUUAUCAUUCGCUGGUUCGUUUAACAGACAACACGGGCUUGACGCGACAAAAGGACCGUUAUGAAUCUUUCAUGCGCAUGAUUCGUCAAUGGCGUCAUUUAGUGAUGUUAAAACGCUCAGGUCGCAGCCAUGAUCCAAGUGGUGUGGCAGGUACUUCAGAGGGUCAGUGUGCUGUGCUAUGCCCUGCAUGUCCGCAACCUGGGAAAAAUCUCCCAGAUGAUUGGCAAGAUGCCCCGAAGGCCAAAGGUUGGCUUUAUGGUCUUUUUCUAGCGAUUGAUGCCAACUUUCGUCUGAAAAGACGUGCCGUGUCAUCCGACGAGACUGAUCCCAGCCUUUCACAAGGUUGGGCUUAUUUCGUAGAGGAGAAAUCUUACAAGUCUUACAUCUUGGACAGGAUUGGAGACGUACAAGAGAAAAGCACAUGCUCGAACCAUAAUGCCGUGAAUAUGGCAGAAACCAAAUCGUCUCAAGGACUUGCGGCAACGGGAGUGGGUACUGUUGAUUGCGCACAUCAUAAUAUGAAGCGUCCCAAUGGAGUCGGCGACCUUCAAAAGGGAGAGAAGUACUUGAACAUGGAUUAUUUGUUUUUCUCGUCACUACGACACUCGACGGUGGAUGCCUUGAACGUGUCAUAUGACAUUGCUUGCCAAUGGCACAAGCAUCUUUGGUCGCGCAUGCUGUCUUUGCCGCCUUCACACCACUUGAAUUAUGUUGCGAGGACGAUCCGUUUUUUUGUGCCUAAGUUUCAUCUCCCUGCGCACGUCUCCAAGUGCCAAACCAUUUUUUCGUUCAACUUUACUCGCUUUGUGGGGCGCACAGAUGGCGAGGCACCAGAGCGAGGCUGGUCCAAUAUCAAUCCUGUAGCUUCAAGCACGAAGGCUAUGGGUCCAGGAUGUCGUCGAGACACACUAGACGACCAUUUCGGCGACUGGAACUGGAAGAAAGUGGUUGGACUCGGAUCAUUGCUCUUGCUCAAGAUAAAAGAAGCUCAGACAGAAAAGGCCGAACACGGUGCUGCUUUCGAGGAGUUUGAUAGCGUCAUUUCUUCUGAAAACCGCGUGGCCUGGAAGGCUGAAAUGGAGGCAUGGGAGGAAAACCCGAACGAUACGACAGUUACCAACCCAUUAGAGCCGAAAGGCAUCACAAUUACGCAAGCCAGUGCGCGCUUGAGUUUGGCCCAGCUCGAGGCCGAGGAGCUCGAGCGUGGUGUAGAUCUUUCACUUCACCCUGACGUAUCGCCAAGUGUACUCGUUGCAUCAGGUAUGGACCUCGAAGAAGAACAACGGCGUUUGAAGGUCGUAGCCAACAAUCUGGGCGUUCAUGCCACAGAUACACAGAAAUUGAGUGUCCUCCGCACAAGGAUUUCUCUUCGUCGAAAGAUUGACUCAUGGAGGCAGACCCAACUUCUGUAUGUGCCAUCGGUGCAAGUGCUUGUCACCGCGUCAGCAACCAGUGAUCUCGAUAAUGCUGAGCUCAUAAAACUGUGGCUCCCGUCUGCAUUGAAUGGCAAUGCUUGCGAUCCCCACCUCCAGCAUAUCGAGUGGGAGUUGCGGUUUGCGCAAGCUCACGAUGCUUUAGAAGAACUUAGGCAGUGCCUCUGUGUACACUGCUCCCUCUUAAAUUUCAAGAGAGAGUGGAUUCGAGGCCAAGGGGCCAACACUCGGGCUCAAAAUGCACUCACACGUGUACAUGCCAGGCAGGCGGCCUGCGUGAAGCGCUAUAGGACCGCAUGGGGGGCUCUCAAACGUCUCGCACCCAUUCUGAAGAAAGUAGAUUGGCGCGGGCGGUUGCAGGACCUCUCUGAUGACGAUGUGAAGCCACUCAUUGAUCCAUUUGCCACUCAGGGAGAGGGAAGGCGAAGGCUAACAUGGAUUUGGAUGAUGGACGGUGUGGACGGCUGUGCAGAUGGUGGGGAUGUCGAUGGUGUUCGCGUCGAAUGGUGUAAAUCCCGUGCUAGGGCGCUUCGUUGGGCUGAAGAAGUAGAUCUUCUCCAGGAGGAGAUGCGCCGGGUCCUGCAAUUAUUUAAUUGGCAGGCAAAUUGGUGGGAAGGGCAGGGAGUCCUCCAGGUCUACGAGUCCGCCCCCUGCAAUGGAGAAGAACCAGGAACUGCUGCCCGCCAUGAGGCUGCUGCCCGGGAUGAAGGCCUACGUGCUUAUGCAUCGCAGCAAGCCAAUAUUCGCCAUCGCCUCACUGCCCGUUUUCGCAGCAUAUGGGCCCCAUUUAUUUCUCCUCAAGAUAUACUGGGCAAUCCGACUGCCAUGUUACCGAUCCCGGGUAAUAUGCCCUGA